CUCAGUCCUCACACUUAUAAAGUAGCAAAGGAAAUCAAUGCUGGUCCACAUGACUGAAUGCGACGGACACGUCUGGCAAACAUAAGGUUUCCCAACUUUGACUGGUUUUUGCUGUGUGUGCAGGAGAGGAGCAUCAGCCAUGGCAGGGACCGUUGCCCAUGCAGUGGCAGUGGCCAAAGUUAAUGCAACUGCCGUUGUUAUCUCAUCGUCAGCGGUAACCCAAGAUGGUGAUUCAUCCAGUCGAUUGGUGAGCUGGAAGGGACAGUCAGGAGCGAUCGUUCCGAAGGCAUGUCUUCCUCAAUGCAGAGAAAAAAAGCAGGUUGCACCCAAGGCAUCGAAGUCCCUUACAUUUUUUGCUGGCUUCAGAAAAAGAGGCGCCGUUGACUUCCUGGGCACGCCAGGUGGCCGGUACUGCUGCUCUCAUGACCUGGCCAGCCUUGUCAGAAAGAGUUUGGUAAAGGGAGAUGGAGGUGGGAGAGGAAGAAGAGGGGUUGCGGUUGCGAUGUUCGAGAGAUUCACGGAGAAGGCGAUUAAGGUUAUAAUGCUUGCCCAGGAGGAGGCACGGCGGUUGGGACAUAACUUUGUUGGGACAGAGCAGGUCUUGCUGGGUCUGAUUGGAGAAGGGACGGGCAUUGCGGCGAAAGUCUUGAAGUCAAUGGGUGUCAAUCUCAAGGAGGCACGUGUGGAGGUGGAAAAGAUCAUUGGGCGCGGGAGCGGAUUCGUUGCAGUGGAGAUCCCGUUCACACCUCGUGCAAAGAGAGUUCUAGAACUUUCCCUUGAGGAGGCACGCCAGCUAGUACCGCAUCAGUUCAGACUGAUGUCGACGGAACAGGACACCGGGGCACUGCCACGACGCAGUGCCAGAAUCGCAGUUUGUGCCCGCCCUGCCGUACCUCCAAGACCGAAGAAACUCAGCAGACGGACGACUCCAGCAGCAUCAAAUACGGCAUUCACGGUACAAGACGCCACCGGAGAUCAUCCCGCAUACCCAGUCCGAGGAGCCAAUGAGCCCGCGGCUGAUUAUCGUGGGCGGCUACUGGCAUUUUCAGACGCCGUAGCUGCCGUCGAGGCCCGGAAGGAGAUAGCAGAGGCAGAACGUCAGCGGCUAGCCAAUGAAGCGGCAGCCGAAGCUCAGCGAACGACUGAGACUGACGCAGCGACACGAGACAGACGGAAUGCCAGCAGCACGGAGUCCUUGAUUGCUUGUGAGCAUCAGUGGACGACGGUACUCCAAGACAUGAUCUUUGAAAUGAGGAGGGAUGAUGGACUGCAGGCCGCUGUUACCGAGGCACGCAACAGGGCCGAGCGGAUGUGCAGGCGUGACGGGGUGACUGCAGGGAUGAGGGUGAACGACACUUACCAUGAGGAUGAUUCCUCAACUGGGACUACUGACAGGGAGGUACAGCAUGGGGAGCGGGACUCUGAAGGGGAGUCCGAGAUGAGUGACAGGGAGGCGGAUGUCCAGUCCUGGCAUGGACUGGACCAGAUCCGCCGAAACCACCCGUUGGCAGGCCCAGUAGAGCGCGGGCCCGAAGUGAACUUACGGCAGCGAGGGGACCAAGGCUGAGACAGACAGCGGGGUCGAGGGAGGUGAUUGAGAGGUCAACACGUGUGAGAGGGAGAGAGGCUGUUGACAUCAACUACUGUCGCGGCGUUCUCAAGCGACGCUUUUCUCUUGCGGAGUCCGUCGAGAGCGACAUGGAAACUCGACGCGAGACGGUGGAAGAACUACGCCGCUGAGGGUCGCACGAGAGAGUAUGAGAGGAGGGUCUCAGAGACCAACGAAAAAUGACGAAGACAUGAACUCUCACGUUCUCGGAUGACGUCACCUGGACUGCUCCGCCGUGGCAGUAGCGAAUGCUACGGGAACUACACCUGGCUUGUCCGUGUCAAGAAGUGACACGCUAAGACUGAACUCGGGAGAUGCACUCACGCACUGUGGAAAUGAAGCGCUUGCGUGCUU